AAUUCCGUACAGCUUUGCACACAGGGAUGUUAUUCUUCACCUACGGAGGAACCGGUAUAUACAUGUAUGCAGGUGUUGUUAACGGCACCCUGUACUUCGAGUUCAGCAAUGGAGUCUCGAAAGGCAGUGCAACCUACAAUAACCCAGAUUCUGUGUUUUGUGAUGGUAACUGGCGGUCGGUUUAUCUGCGUAAGAAGGGUCUACAGGCCAACCUGACCAUUGAGGGUGUUGGAACUGUUUUAAAUGGAGAUCCUGACACCGUCUUCACUGUUCCAACAGCUUCUGAAAUUUUUGUGGGAGGAAUUCCGAAGAAAUCUGAAGUAUUACUGUUCAUGGAAAAUAGCGCCCCAAAUUUACCAAGAGAAAGUUUUGGUGGAUGUAUAGCGUUGUUUGCUGUGGACGGAAAUAGAUAUGAUUUUGGUAAAGAUGCUACACAGGUGGUGAAUGUUAAUAUGGACGGCUGCGCCCCGUUUCAGGUGCCCAAUAAUACGUGUCAAGAUAGAUUAAUAACGGAAGUAUAUAAUGGAUACGAUACACAGACGUUUGAUACAGGAUUACAACCAUAUACAGAUUAUAUAUAUCGAGUAACAGCUUCGAAUUCCGUUGGAUUGGGUAGCGGACCGUGGGCAUAUGGUCGAACUAAAGAAGGAGCUCCUACUGGUGUGAAGGAACCAUUCAACGUUGAGGCCCUGUCAGGUUAUAUGAUACAAGCUGAAUGGAACAAACCCGCCAGCACUUCAGGAUUAUUAUCCAAGUUUAUUUUAGUUGGUUACGUCAACGAGAACGACACAAUUGCUCCGAUACAGACAGAGUUCCUGGAUACAGAUUCUAGAGCAGGAAAUUUAACGAAUGCUGUUCCGUAUACUAGUUAUAUUAUAAAACUAUCAGCUUGUACAGCAGGUGGUUGUACGGAGAGUGAAGAUGGUGUUCCAGUUAUGACACUUUCUGAAGCUCCAGAAGAAGUGCCAAGUCUGACUGCAAUUCCUUCUACGACAUCAUUAGCGAUUUCGUGGAAUGAGCCUGGUAAACCUAACGGCCCGUUAUCAGGUUACUAUCUAUAUCAAGAUAACGUACAGAUCUAUCAGGGCGGAGAACGAUUUUAUCAACUUAACAAUUUACAGUUUGCUAAGAAUUGA